AUGAUCUCUUCCAAGAUCGUCUCCUUCCUCGCCGCCGCCCUCGGCGCUGGCUCUGCCCUUGCUUCAGCUAUCCCCGCUCUCGAGAAGAGACAGCGUGCUCCUGGCGCCAGCAUCACCUACUACAAGGAUGAGAAUUUCCAGGGCGACAAGCAGUUAUUUGACAAAGACCGCAAGGAUAUGCAGUGUUGUACUGAGCUCGACUGUCCCGAGAAGUCGGAGCCCUUGAGCACCCAGACGGCCGACGCGCUGGGUGCCGGCAAGUGGAAUGAUGCAAUCAAGUCGUAUCGAUGCGAAGCCAACGCUGAAGAGUUCUACUACAACCCACGUCCCGUGGCGGAGCGUGAUGCCGAGCCUGCCAUGCCUGAGCUGGAGGUGAAGGCUCAGGACAACGAGGGCUAUGGCAGCGUCACCUUCUGCAAGGACCCCCUGUUCCAGGGCGAAUGUUCCAGCUUUGGUCCCCCUGACAAGACUCUGCCUCUCGGCUCUUGUGGUGAGUGGUACGCCUUUGUGCCUGUAGCUUUGAAAUGCUAA